AUGUCAUCAACCACAGUUAUUCAAUCGAUUGCCGGCACCGGCGCCCGCCUGCCGCCGCUGCCCACUAUCCGGGAUCUGGUCCGCCUGUACAAACUCCGCGCGAUCAAACAACUUUCACAGAACUUCCUGAUGGACGAACGUCUAACGAACAAAAUUGUAAAAGCCGCCGGCAACAUCACCGACCACCACGUGCUCGAGGUUGGCCCCGGCCCGGGAAGUAUCACGCGGUCAAUCAUCCGGAAGGCACCCCGCCAUCUCGUCGUAGUAGAAAAGGAUCGUCGAUUUUUACCCACGCUGGAGCUGCUGUCGGAAGCUUCCGCUGGUUUCCUUCGAAUGGACAUCGUUCGCGGCGACAUUCUACAGUUUCAAACCGAGCAGGCCUUCCCAAAUUGUCCCCGCCAAGAAUGGCACGACAAACGCGCCCCGGUCCACAUCAUCGGCAAUCUUCCGUUUGCCAUCUCGACGCGACUGCUCAUCAACUGGUUGCACGAGAUGAGCACCCGAUCCGGAGCGUGGUCCUUUGGCCGGAGUAGCCUCACGUUGACCUUCCAGAAGGAGGUGGCCGAGCGGAUCGUGGCGCCGAUCCUUUCCGAACGUCGCUGCCGACUUUCGGUGAUGAACCAAAUCUGGAGCCGACCCGAGCUUAAGUUCAUCAUUCCCGGCAAAGCGUUCGUGCCGAAGCCGGACGUGGACGUCGGAGUGGUCACGAUCGUUCCGCUGAAAAACCCCCUCACGACGGUUCCCUUUCCGGUGGUCGAGAAAGUGGUGCGCCACAUUUUCUCCAUGCGGCAAAAGUACUGCCGCCGGGGUGUGGCCAAUCUGUACCCGCCGGAGCUGCGCGACGAGCUGACGGAGCUGACCUUCAAGAUUGCGGACGUGGAUCCGUUGGCGCGGUCGUUUCAGCUUUCGACCGAGGAGUGCUUGCGCAUUGUCGAGGCGUACGAUCGGUUGGUGCAGGAACGUCCCGAUAUUGAGCACUACAAUCAUCGGGCGCCGAAGGGAGGUGAAGCGCUUGUGGAUGAGGGCUUUGUUGAGUGAAUGCUGUGUUUAAUGCAUAUGUUCAGUUUCUAGAAAUAAACUUUAGGUUGUAAAAAGUACAAA